AUACCUCCCAUAAUUAAUAUCUCUGGCCCAUCUUCGAAAAUGGAGAUAAGUUUUCGCUUGAAUGAAGCCAAUGCACCCGUCACAAUUAACGUUCCGGCUAAUGUUGCCUUUACAAUUAACGUUAAACCUGUUGGCGGACUCUUACCACCCGCUGGUGGAGGAGUAAACGUUAAUGAAGCGCAUGUUCAUCCUCUCGCUGGUCGGGUUGAACAAGUAAAGGAUGAGUGUAUCAAAUCAGAAACCACUAGUAAGUUCCCUGAUCCAUCUUUGAAAACGGCUAACCCUAGAGUGUUUUUUGAUAUGACCGUGGGCGGCAAACCGGCUGGUCGGAUCGUGAUGGAGCUCUUUGCCGACACCACCCCGCGUACGGCGGAGAACUUUAGGGCCCUUUGUACGGGAGAGAAAGGAAUGGGUAAGUUUGGUAAGCCACUCCACUACAAGGGAUCAAUCAACUACAGUGUGCUCCCGGAUCACAUGUUCUGUGGAGGAGAUAUUACUGAUGGUGACGGAUCCGGAGGAGAAUCAAUCUAUGGCGAUAGAUUUUUCGAGGAUGAGAACUUCAUAAGGCAACAUACCGGUCCAGGUUUCAUUUCCAUGGAGGGCCGUGGUCCAGGCUCCAGCGGAUCUCUGUUCUUGAUCGGCAUGAGGGAGGACAAGCUUCUCGGCAUGGAGACCGUUGUAUUCGGCCAAGUUGUUGAAGGAUUGGAUGUGCUCAAGAGCAUUGACAAAGAGGUCAGAACUCCUAACUGCGAGCCUUCCAAGCCUGUGGUGGUCGCCGACUGCGGUCAGAUCUCAUAGAACGCGUUUGUUUACUUUCGUCUUUUGGUUUUGAGUUUGGUUAGUUUGCGUUUCCAUCGAGUUUAGGCCACUGAAUAAUCGUUUUGCUAGCAUUGAUGAUGAUGAUAUUUUAUUAUCUCAUUGUAAUAACAAAUCAGAAAAACCUGUUUAAACCUUAUUCUCACAAGUUGCUCUAGAUAGGCAAGCUUUGAGAAUCCAACUUACUAUUCAUAAUGACUGACACUCAAAACCCAGCUCUCGUAAUAAAAGGCAAAUGAUACAAGUUUC